AUGGAAGCAGCAGCAGCAGACUCGUCGCUGCCAUGGGCGGCGCAGUGCUUGGGCGCGGCCCUGUUCGCCGCCGCGCUCUGCGUGGCGGCGCUGGGCGUCGUGCUGACGCUCCUCCGGCGGUGGCCCUGGUGCAGCUGCCACGUGUGCCGGGCGUACCUGACGGGGUCGUGGGCGCAGGACUUCACCAACCUCGGCGACUGGUACGCGCACCUGCUCCGGGACUCCCCCACCGGCACCGUCCACGUCCACGUCCUCGGCUGCACCGUCACCGCCAACCCGGCCAACGUCGAGUACAUGCUGCGGACGAACUUCGACAACUUCCCCAAGGGGAAGGCCUUCGCGGCGGUGCUAGGGGACCUCCUCGGCCGCGGCAUCUUCAACGUCGACGGCCACGCCUGGCGCCACCAGCGCAAGAUGGCCAGCCUCGAGCUCGGCAGCGUCGCCGUCCGGUCCUACGCGUUCGGGAUCGUCGCGCAGGAGGUGGAGUCCCGCCUCCUGCCCGUGCUCGCGGCCGCCGCCGACGCCGGCGCUGUCGUCGACCUGCAGGACGUGUUCCGGCGCUUCGCGUUCGACACCAUCUGCAAGAUCUCCUUCGGCCUCGACCCGUGCUGCCUCGAGCUGGAGAUGCCCGUGUCGAGGCUCGCCGACGCGUUCGACGCCGCCACGCGGCUCUGCGCCAUGCGCGGCGCCGCGGCGUCGCCGCUGCUGUGGAAAGCCAAGCGCCUGCUCAACGUCGGGUCCGAGAGGGAGCUCAGGGAGGCCAUCGCGCUUGUCGACGAGCUCGCGGCCGCCAUGAUCCUGGAGCGCCGCAAGCUGGGCGUCGCCGGCAGCCACGACCUCCUGUCCCGCUUCAUGGCCUCGGCCGGCGACGACGCGCACGAGGUCGACGACAAGUACCUCCGCGACAUCGUGGUCAGCUUCCUCCUGGCCGGGCGCGACACCGUGUCGUCCGCGCUCACCACGCUCUUCAUGCUCCUGUCGAAGAACCCGGCCGUGGCUGCCGCCAUGCGCUCGGAGGCCGGCGGCGGCGACGGAGACGGGUCCACCACGCCGCCGCUCACCUACGAGCACCUGAAGCGCCUGCACUACACCCACGCGGUGCUGUACGAGAACAUGCGGCUGUUCCCGCCGGUGCAGUUCGACUCCAAGUUCUGCGCGGGCCCCGACGUGCUCCCCGACGGCACCUACGUGGCCGGCGGCACGCGCGUGACGUACCACCCCUACGCCAUGGGCAGGAUGCCGCGCAUCUGGGGCGCCGACCACGGCGCGUUCCGCCCCGACCGCUGGCUCACCGGGCCCGGCGGGACGUUCGUCCCCGAGAGCCUGUACAGGUACCCGGUGUUCCAAGCGGGCCUCCGCGUCUGCCUCGGCAAGGAGCUCGCCGUCACCGAGAUGAAAGCCGUUGCGGUGGCCGUGGUGAGGGCCUUCGACGUCGAGGUGGUUGGGGACAGUGGCGCCGCUGCCUGCGCGCCCAAGUUCGUGUCGGGGCUCACCGCCUCCAUCAGCGGCGGCCUUCCUGUGAGGAUCAGGAGAGUUGUUCGUUAA